GAAGGAGUAAAAAAGAUGAAGUAAACGCGUUUAAGGAACCGAACCUCUCCGAUGUUGAAAUACCAAAACAGCCCCUGCAGUGUGAAAAUACCAAUUGAGGGUAGUUGUCACUGUUGUCAUCCUAUAUAUAUAUAGGGUAACCACUUCCUCUUUCUUCAAAAAAACAUCCAGUGAGACAUUCCUAAAUUAAAUCUGUUGUUUGAUUAGCAUUUCAUUUCAUCAGAAGAAGAAAAAAUGGGAGACACAAUGACAUGCGUGGACAUUCUUUUGGCAAUCAUCUUGCCUCCCCUUGGUGUUUUCCUCAAAUUUGGCUGCAAGGUGGAGUUUUGGAUCUGUGUUUUGCUGACUAUCUUUGGGUGGCUACCUGGUAUAGUCUAUGCUGUUUGGGUCCUCACCAAGUGAUCAUCAUAUCAUCAUAUGGUGAAGCCCAUUACUAAAGUCUUAGUCCGCUAAUGGAGUAUCUAGUUCCUGUUUUGUUUAUUCUUGGAUGUAUUUCUUCUAAGUUUAUCCCCUUUCUUUUCUUUUUUGACUAUUCUCUCUUGUGUAUUUCAUUAGAGAAAUUUGGAUAGAGUGUUGAUGUUUAAUUAUCUUAUAAUUAUAUUGGUUGUGUAAGUACUUUGAAUUGCAAUUUGACUUCCAUUCUAUUAUUUUAGUUGAAUA